AUGAAUUUCAACGACGACCCAUUGGCGGACCUGCUUAGCGACAACAGCUUAGACAACGACAACUUCUUCGAGAACCCAGCUGGUGCUGGCCACAAGAAACCGCCGAAAAUCGCGAAGGCUAAAGGAAAACCGGAAGAUCUCUUUGGCAUACAGGAGGAAACGGAGGCGGACGUACAAAGCCCCUCCACGUCUGGCCAGGGCACCAAGGGAAAACCCAAUGCCACGAGCACUCCGCUCAUCGUCAAACAGAAGCCUUCCCUCUCACUCGACGACGACGCGGGCGAUGAUGACCUGGGUUUUGACCCCAAGCGCCCCAAAAGCGGAGGAUCGAAGAGAAAUCUGUUUGAUGAUUUGCUGGCCGUCGCCGAGCCUAAAAAAAACAUAUUUGAUGAGAUAUUGAGCGGCGGCGAUGCCGCAAAGCGUCCGGCCACUGCGAAGCCGUCCAUAUCCCGCCAGUCGACAGACACCACCACGGAAAACUCGCAGGCACGCCCCAAGACCUCCACUGGACGGCGUAGCUCUGCGCAAUCGGCCACCGUCAAUGCAGAUCCUCUCGGGCUGUUCGGCAAGGACACGAACGCCACAGUUUCAGGGAUGUCCACGCCGGUGUCCAAGAAGCGGGGAACGACAGCGGACUGGCUUGGCCUAGAGGCCGCUGCAGCAUCCGUGGCAGCUGUGGAACAGGAGCGACCCUCCACUCCGACGCAGCAGCACUCCGUUCAGCAGCAGGCUGCCAAGGAAAUUGCUGCUCCUGCUGAAAGCCCUGAAGCACCUGCAGCAGGAGCGUCAGCUCCUAAGCAUUCUGGAGACAUCCUGCGAAUGUCUGACCCAGACGAGGCAGAGCAGUACCUUACGUCAGAGCUACCUCUUGCCACAGGACCUGCUGUCAACCCGGCCACACAGAAUAUCCUUCUGCUGAAUAACCUGAACCUGGAGACGGGCUCCAACUUCAAUGCGCUGCAGCAGCAGGAGUGCCAGCUGGUCAUAGCAGCGCAAAUGAAGAGCCAGGAGCGCACCCUACUGGAGAUGCAGCGCCGCCAGGAGGCCCAGGACCGAAAGUUUCAGGCGUUGAUCCAACAACAGCUGCAGCGCCAGCAGCAGAUGGAGCAGCACAUCAAAGGGCAGCAAGAGCGCAUCAGCAUGCACAUCCAGUUGAUGAUGGCGCAGCCCGCGCACGUCCAGCAGCUAGAGGGACUGCCGCCUGUCCAAAAGCCAGCGCUGGAAAAGCAGGAGUCGGAACAGCAAACAGCAAGCAGAGAGGAGCACAAGGAACAAGAGCUGAUGCAGCAGCUGCAGCUGGAGACCGAGUCGAAGCGAAAUCUGCUGGAGAAGCUGCGCCUGGAGGAGCUAGUGGCCAACAUGAAGGUCAACUACGAGCAGGAAAUCGAAAUGAUCGAGUCCUCGUACAAGAAGCAGUUGAAAGUCCUGGAGGAGCACUUGGCCGCGGUCGAGGAGCGACUGAAGACGGAAAACAGCGACUUGCGGCAGCACUUUGUCGACAAACUGGAGAAACAGAAAGCCGACUACGUCGAGCAGAUGUCCACCUUGAGGCAGGACCACGAGGAUGAGGUGCGUAAGCUGCGCAACUCCCACGAGAUGGAUCUCGAGGGCAUCCGGCAGGCCAAGAUGGUGGAACUGUCGUCGGUGCAGGACCAUGGAAACUACUUGGAAACGCUCCGCCUUGCCUCGAACAACCUCCAGGAGCUGCGCGAUGGGAUGAGCAACAGCCAGGACAGGGAACGACUGCUGGAAGCGCGCGAGCGCCGCCUGGCCGACCAGGAGCGCCGCUUAAAGAUGAACGAGGACACGGCCGACGAGGAGAAGAGGCGACUCAUGGAGUUGGUGAGCACUCUGGAGCUGCAGCUGGGUCGCCUCUCCAAGGACUCGGCGGAGGAGAACUGGCAGCUGCGACAGCGCAUGGCCAGCCUGGAGGCCGAGCGGAAGGCCCUCGACCGCGAAAAGGAAUUCCACAGAGAACAAAUGGAGCGCGACGAGAAGCGGGUUGAGGAGCUCAAGGCCAUCCAGCUGGCGGAUACGGAGCGGCUGCACCACGAACUGCAGCAGGAGCGCACCCACCUGGCUGUGGAGCGGCAGCAGCUGGAGAUGAAGCACAGGCUGCAGGAGCACGGCAACCUCGACCAGGAUCGUGUGGAGGUGGAGGCCCAGCUAAAGGUGGCGCAGGAGGCUAUCAAGCGGGCCGACCAGGAGCGGGAUCGCUGCCACAAGCUGCAGCGUGAGUUGGAGACGCGGAAGCGCCUUCUUGCUGAUAAGGAGAACGAUUUGAACCUGAAGGAGGAUGAGCUCGCGCAGUCCACGACUUCGUAUCGGAUGGCCACAGGUCGGGCUCAGAUGGCAGAGCAGAAGGCACGCGAAGCCGAUCAACUGCUGCAGGCCAAGUUGCAGCUUCUGGGCAAGCGGUAUCACGACCUGAGCGAAAAGGAGGCACAGUUGUCCCAGGAGCGGAUGCUCCUCGCCCAGGACCGCAUUGCGAUGCACAACCUCAAGAAGCAGAUCCUCCGGAGCAGAUGCGCGCUCUGCAAGAUGGGGUCGGAGAGUGCCGAGUUGGCGCUACGCAUUGACCGAAAAUCGAAAGGUCAGACCAACAUGGAUCUCCACCUACCCCCCAUGCCGCUCAGCAAUGCCGAAAUGAUGGUCAAAAUGGCUGCCGGAACGGAGCCGGGUGAGGCACAGAGCGACAUUGUCGACCGCAUGCUGGACGACAACAUCCAAGCCUCCUAUCGCCGGAUGUACAACGUGUCCGGGUCAGCCGACGAUGUCGAUUACGGCUUGACAGGUGGCCUCGACGACGAUUCCAAGGUGGCCAUGGAUAAUGGCAAAAUAAUGGAUCCAGACCUGGAAGCCUUGCUAUCGAAAUUCAAUAAUGGAUUCGGUACGGGUUUGUAAUUCCUAUUCUAUACAAGCCUAAAGUAUAAACAAACCCAAUGAAUUAUGGUUGGAACGGUAAUUUCCAUUCAAAAACUAGCUCGAAAUAUGCAUUUGUCAGUAUUUUAUAAUUUAGUUUAU